AUGAAAGCGACGCCGGUGGUCGGUGACGUGGGGCUGAGCACAGACGACUACAGAGACAUGAGUUACGCCGCAGUCACGUACUUGAGUUGUGCAGAGGGACCAGGAGAACCAGGAGGACAGGCACCAGCCUUCCCUGGCUACGCCUUGGCCAAUGCAGACCCUGGGGAAGUCCAACAGCUCUACCAUGGCACUAAGAGCGACUUGGGUCUGAUUGACACUUCCGGGUGUGAAGUCUACUAUGACGGCUGA